AUGACCAUGUUCUAUUUGGAAGAUUUUCUGGAAAAACUUGAACUUUUACCGCAAGAGAUCAAAAAACGGACAUCAGAAAUUGGAAAAUUGGACUCGCAAGUAGAAAAAUCAAUGAAAUGUAUAAAAAAUAAUGUAGAUACUUUAUUUUCAAAAGCUGACACUAUGAAUCCAGAUGAUUUGAAAGAUAAUUUUAAGUCACUAAUGAAUGAAGGUGACAAAGCUCUUAAGAAAUCUGAUACAAAACUUCAAUUAGCCAACGACAUGCAAAAACUCUUGUCAAAAUACAUAAAUCGAUUGGAUCUUGAGUUGCAAGGAUUUAAAACUGAAUUGGAAGCAGACAAAAGUGGAAUCACUGAAAUUAUUGAAAAAAGAAUUUUAGAUUCAGAUCAAAGCAAUACAUCCAGUCAUAAAGAAAAUGAUUAUGAAACAAACAGAUAUCCUUUUGGAGAAACAGAAGAAGUCUUAAAAAAUGUUAGCAGUAUCAAUCAAAAAUCUAUUGAGGUAGCUUCAGAUGCAUCUAGCAGUGAAGAAUUAGUAUCAUACUUGCAACCUGAUACAAAUCUUGUUAAUUCUCAAAUGGCUCCAUUUCCGUUAUCCUUCACUAUGGGGGAAAGUUGCUCAGCAAUUUCAGCAGUUGUGUCUGAAGCUAUUGUUUCUUCUCAAAAGCUAUCUGGUGGACUGAGGUCAGCUAGUUUAAAAGCAUCUUUUGAUGCAAUUAAUUAUAACCAAAUUAUAGACAAAUCGGAGUUUUUAUCAAAAGCAUUUUCCAAUAGUAAAGACUUUAUUUCUAGCAGUAACCAAACAAAAAACAUAAAAAAAAUAUCAACUGAUGAAGACGAAUCAAAUGAUUCUAAUGAGCCGCGAUACUGUUUAUGUAAUAGAGUAGCUUAUGGUACAAUGGUGGCUUGUGAUAAUAAAAAAUGCCCACAUGAAUGGUUUCAUUAUGAAUGUGUUGGUAUUACAAAACAACCACACGGAAAGUGGUAUUGCCCUAAGUGUAUUAUCAAACUGAAGAGAAAAAGAUGA